CGAUUUUGAAGUGGGAUGUAGCAGGCAAUGCUUACCCCGAAUCAGUAAAGGUUGGUUGAAGGAACGUCCUAAGGUACAUGUAUGAUACAAAAAGUGGGCCAUCAUAUAUGUACAUAUUAUAACGAUCUUUAUUUGUACUGUAUUACAGUUUCUUCACACCAAUAUUCAGUACUCGGUAUGGAAGUUGCUACACACUCAAGUCCGAUAGCCUUGUCAGCACAACACCUGGACCACAAAGCGGCUUGACUCUGAUACUAAACAUAGAGGCCUACGAAUACGUUAGUCCAUCAAGCAGUGGAAAUGGAAUCAAAAUUGUGCUUCACGAACCAGGCUCUUACCCGUUUGUCGAGGAGCAGGGAGUGAAUAUAGCGCCGGGUCGAACCUCCAUUGGUUUAAACCGCAUAGAAAUACAGAGGCUGGAACCUCCAAUUGGGAGUUGUGAAUAUCACAAGGAGUAUGUCAACCAAUACGGAGUGGAAUAUUCAAAAAUGGCGUGUGAGCAGCUUUGUCAAAUCAGACUUACACAGGAUAUAUGCGGCUGUAUUCCGACUAUCGUGUCUAUCGACCCAUCCAUCGCCACCAAUAACUCGACGUUCUGCACACUACUAAACAUUCCUUGUGCCGUCCUUGUCAGACAGGCUCAGGCGAAGGGUGAUUUGUACUGCCCAUGCUUUCACCCGUGUUUGGAAAAUGAAUACACCAAGACAAUAUCGAGCCAUAGUUGGCCACGCGAGGAAUACCUGAUCCAUGAAAUAAUACCUUUGAUUUGUGAAGAUCCAGAACGCGCGACGAAAGUAGAAACCAUAACCGGAUACACAUGCACGGACUUUCUUCUGUUUGCUCUACCCGAAGAAUCCGUGAAACCUUUUCGGGACAACUUCGUGAAGCUGGACGUGUACUUUGAAGAUCUGAACUAUGAACAUAUCGAGGAGGUCCCUUCGUAUGACGAAUAUCAGUUUCUAUCCGAUAUUGGAGGAGCCACAGGCCUGUUUAUUGGAGCAUCGGUCCUGAGCCUUGUUGAGGUGGUCCAGAUUCUUGUGGAAUCCAUUAGGUUCGCUGUGAGCAGACUUCGGAAAUAGAAAUAUAGAUUUUAUUUGGAUUGGAAAACAGGAUAUUCGACCCCGUACGUGGGUAUGUGUGGACAGGUGACCUCGACAACAACGUCUGUAAAUUAGCCAAGAGAUCCGGUACCUUUUUUUUAGACGGCUUAAGGUGGUGGGUACAUUUUGCCACGUGGCAAAGUUGCAGAACAUCAUAAGUAGAAAGGGUAAACACGACGUGUCAUACAGUAAUGAUGUAACCAACUGAUUUCAAAUCUUGUGAUUCAUAUGGUCCUUGUCAUUUAUCAAAGCUGAAACAAACUUUUAUGUGUAUUUAUAGAUUUUUUUUUUUAAUUUUGUGUUUGGAUUGGGAUUUGCGAAGUGAAUUUCGAUCCUGCAAACAGAUCAUAUUUUUAUAUUUGUUCGAUGUUUUACGUCGUCACAACAAAAUUAUCUUUAUAUGACAACAUUUGAGUCGCUAUGUAAUGGAUAACUUUGGCAGAUAGCAACAUGACAUUUGCAUAUCGUGACCACCUCUGUACAGCGCUUAACUUUUCGAUACAGUCUAAUGUAUCAAUGUUUUAAUGUGUAAAAAUUACGAAACAUAAUUCUGAUAUGAUACCUAGUUCAACUUCCAACAGGUAAGGUAAGGUUUGAUGUAUAGAGUUAAAAUGAGCUAUUUAGUCAAAUGACACUCUAAAUCGAGUAGACACUGAAAAUGUAUAAACGAAAGUUUGCGCAAUUGAUAGUGGCAUGAAGCCAACGUCAAGUGUGGUGAGUGUUUUUUUUGGAAAGCCGGUGAUAACUACAACAGAAAUAGCGCAAUAUCAGUACAAUACCUCGCUGUCGACCGACAACUCAGUGUCCGUGAGUCUGAUUUCACACAUGUCACAUUCUAGUCGCUUUCAAUUUACACAAUACAUCGAACACAAGAGUUAUACAUAAUUUAUAUAUUUCGUAUGAGAUAUCAAUGUUAACAGAUCGAUUUGAAAACAAUGUUUAUAUAGAGUAGGCACGCACUGACAAGGUGCCACAGGGAGAAUUUCAAACCGCAAUAAAUACAAUAUCAGUAGGUUUUAACUUAAACAAGAUUACUCCUGAUACGUUGAUUGAUUUGGUUUUCAGGUCACUUGAGCUAAAG